AACCAAUUGCGCGACUGCAACAACCUCGGUCACGUUGUAGAUGAAGUGGAAGCUGUGUUUUCAAGGGAGUUUACUCGCAGUUUAAAAAUUAAAUAAAUGUUGCAGUGGAGUGUUGUGUGAGGAUUAUUUGCGUUUUCAAUAACUCGAAUUUCUGUUAAAAUUGUUGGGCACUUGACAUACAGAUCCGACCCCAGGCACUAGCCCAAAACCCAAAAAACAAUGUGUCUUUGUAAAAAGUAGAUGAGUGGGGUGGUUGGAGAUGCGGGCCGAGCGUCCAAGGGUCAGGAUAAACAUAUGGUACACUGGUUCCGUAGAGGAUUACGCUUACAUGACAACCCAUCUCUACGGGAAGGACUAAAAGGCGCCCGAACAUUUCGCUGCGUAUUCGUUCUGGACCCUUGGUUCGCCGGUUCUUCAAACGUUGGAAUUAACAAAUGGAGAUUCCUCCUCCAGUGUCUGGAAGACCUGGACCGAAGCCUCCGCAAGCUAAACUCUCGUCUCUUCGUCAUUAGAGGCCAACCAGCGGACGCCCUCCCCAAACUCUUCAAAGAAUGGGGCACCACUGCGCUGACCUUUGAGGAAGACCCGGAGCCAUUUGGUGGAGUGCGCGACCACAACUUAACCACUUUAUGCCAAGAACUCGGCAUCAGCGUGGUCCAAAAAGUCUCCCACACCUUGUACCACCUCCAGGACAUAAUCGACCGCAAUGGGGGCAGAGCCCCUCUCACCUACCACCAGUUCCUCGCCAUCAUCGCCUGCAUGGGCCCCCCGCCGCAGCCCGAGCCCCCUGUCACCUUCAACUCGUUAAACGGGGCCCACACCCCCUUAACCGACGACCACGACGAAAAAUACGGAGUACCAACUUUGGAAGAGCUGGGUUUUGACACGGAGGGGCUGCUGCCCCCCGUCUGGCAAGGGGGCGAAAGCGAGGCCCUGGCGCGGCUCGAGCGACAUUUGGAGCGCAAAGCCUGGGUGGCGUCCUUCGGGAGGCCGAAAAUGACCCCCCAGUCGCUGCUCCCCUCGCAGACGGGGCUGUCGCCCUAUCUCCGGUUUGGGUGCUUGUCCACGAGGUUGUUUUACUACCAACUAACUGAUCUUUACAAGAAAAUUAAGAAAGCCUUUCCGCCGCUCUCGCUUCAUGGACAGCUACUGUGGAGGGAGUUUUUUUAUUGCGCGGCUACGAAAAACCCAAAUUUUGAUAAAAUGAUUGGGAAUCCGAUCUGUGUGCAAAUCCCAUGGGAUAAAAAUGCAGAAGCGUUGGCCAAGUGGGCAAAUGGUCAGACUGGCUUUCCCUGGAUCGAUGCCAUCAUGACACAGUUGAGGGAAGAAGGCUGGAUACAUCAUCUGGCGAGACACGCAGUUGCUUGUUUUUUGACAAGGGGGGACCUCUGGCUGUCUUGGGAAGAAGGAAUGAAGGUGUUUGAGGAGCUGCUUCUCGAUGCCGACUGGUCGGUGAACGCCGGGAUGUGGAUGUGGCUGUCCUGCUCCAGCUUUUUUCAGCAGUUUUUUCACUGUUAUUGUCCGAUUAAAUUCGGGAGAAAGGCCGACCCGAACGGCGAUUACAUAAGAAAAUAUUUGCCCGUGUUGAAGAAUAUGCCCUCUCAAUACAUCCACGAGCCUUGGACUGCCCCUGAACAGGUCCAACGUGCCGCAAAAUGCAUAAUCGGCAAGGAUUAUUCCCUGCCAAUGGUUAACCAUGCGGCAGCAAGUCGGGUAAAUAUCCAAAGAAUGAAGCAAGUGUAUCAACAGCUCUCCAACUACCGAAAUGUGGAUAAUUCGGCGAAAUUUAAAGACGGAUUUCAGGAGCAACCGAAUGUUGUAACCGUUGGUAACCCCAGUAGGAAAUAAUAUUGCAUAUUAUUCACUCAGUCAACUGCUAUGUAGCUCUAUUGUUAGAUCAUAUUAAUCUACACAAAUAUUAUAUUGUAAAUCUAGUAUCGAACAUGGGUGUUGCUGUAUGGUCAAAUUUCCUCCCUCAAAAAUUUCUUCUUUGGACAACCAAUCGGGCUAAGAAGUUUUUUGAUCAUAUGGUACUUGAAGUACUUAAUAUUUAUUUAAGACAAGACCACGUAAUUGUGCAUGAGUGUGUACUAGUAAUUCUACACGUAUUACACUUUUUUGUGAAUUGAUGUAAAAUUUUUGUGUGCAAUUGAAUAAAAGACAUUACCUUUA